GAUGCAGUUUUAUUGCUAUGGUAUAAGCACACACAUCAGUACAAACAGUAAUAUUCAGAGAUGGGGUUUUUUUUUUAGCAAAUGACAUUUAAUUUAUAUUGCAAAUAACUUUCAUUUAAGCAACUCGGUUUAAGGAAGACAACAUUUUAGACAGGAAAAACAAUCAUCAUGGUAAAUAAUAAAAGUAACUGCCAUAAGCAUUGCCAUAAAUCUCACACCCACAAUAUAAAUUACACAACAAUAAAACACAAUUCCUUAGAUGUUGUUGUUUUUCCUGCAAUUUCCUAAAGGUGCGGUCAUUAUCAAAUAUAAGGGAGAAGCACAGAAAGUAUGUUUAGUGCUGCGUUACUUUUUUUGUUUCUAUUUCUAACAUCUUAAUCCUAGUGAUGGAUAAGCACAUUAAAUGCAAUGGUAAACAAGAAAGGACAUGGUUACAAAUAGACAAAGCUAAUCUGAAGGCCUAUAUAAAGGGUCUUUUAAUUCUCUAUCAUUGUACCUUUCUUACAUGGCUGCCUUUGAAUGACUUUCUACUUUGCCCUAAGCUGAGGAGUUGUGUUGUGUGAUGGUUUGUUUAGACUGAGGGAUGAAUAAAUGUGAAGAAAAAAACAGAGACUUUAGAAAGGGCAAUGAUGUAGACUGCACUGCAGAACAUACACUUAAAGAUGAUUCAGUUUAUGACUGCAUCACAACACAAUAGAUCCUUUACUGAAAUGUUAGGUUGACUAUAAGACAAAUACAUGACUGAACAGCUUUUUAAGACCUCAGUUGUAGAGCUGCAAAGUGAAACAGUAAGCUAUGAGUCUCUUUGAGUCAGAUAAAUCAUAGAACAGACUUUAGUUAUAAUUAUACCAUUAUACCAGCUUUCCAUUCAUUAUACAAUUUCAUUCUAAGCGUAAAAGACUUGGGCGUGGAAACACUUCUGAGUAAAUGUCCUCAGAAGGGUGGGGUGUUGGAUGGGUUAUCGUUGUAGCUGAUACAUGUUGCAUCAAGUAUGGCAACUUGCUGAUUCACCAAGAUCUAUAUCAAGAAAUUUAUGAGUUGCUAUAUUCAACACUAACGUUACCUGAAGAAAACGAAUACAAGGCUGAUACACAGUCAAAACUACUCCUACAAAGCACCUCGUGAUCAUUUCCCGAACGUAGAUGUUAUUGGAAACACGCAGGUUUCCACAAUAUUAACAAUAUAUUUUAAAAAUUGUGAUAUGAAGCAUGUACAGUGCACAUUCCUUAAACAAAAUAUCCAGUGAUAACGCCUGACAGCUUGGCAACUUUGCGGAAAUAUGAAAAUGGGCUCCCCAGUUCUUUUAUACCCAACUGACAACAUCAGGUUAAUGUAGACGUGACCAAAGUGACAGAAAGAACCAAUCAAAAACAGCCACAGGUGUUAAAGCAAAAGAAAUCCUGAGCCUGAACUUUCUUUUUGCAGGGUUGCAGAGUAGACACACACGCAGGGUUAUUUUUCAAACAAAAAAGAACAUUAUUUCUCUUGAAAAUAACUAGUAACAUGCCGUUUUUGAGCUUCUCAGACAGACGUUUCUUAAACUUUGAUGGUAUGUGUAUGGAUCACAGAAUGACUCGAAAUAAGUGGGGGCAUAAUUAUAACCCACAAAACAAUAGUUUUAUGCAAUUAUGGUAUAUAAAAACACAGCUUAACAUACCAACUGAACUACAAACUGUGAAACGAAAACAAUAUAAAUUCCUAUUAAAGCUACAAAGGUUAUGGAGUCAGCAGUGAGUGGUUCUCUUUUCAUUUGUUUGAGUCAUAUCAACCACAUAGAAUAGAAGGAGGCUGCUGUCACUAAUGUAUUGACAUCCGUUUUCUUUCUCAACUUUUUACGCUCACUUCAGACAAAAACGACCAUGUUUAUGACUUAACUCUGUGAGAUAGGUGCAAUAAACCGUGAAAACGUUUGAAAACGAUUUAGACGCUUUAGAAAUGGAGGUCUGAUUAGAUGAUUUGCCGAAACACAAAGUUAUCGAUCUUCAUGACACAGUCUCCAAUUUGUGCAUGUCAUAUUUGUCAUAAUGGACUUAAAAGCUGCCCCCGCUUAGGCUUUAUAAACUUACUCUCGAUCCUGCCGACUGUUCGCUUGCUAACGUACUCUCCAACUGACGUCUCCACUCCGGCAACCAAGACCCGCCCCAUUUUAAUUCUGAUUGGCUAGUAAUGUUUGUUUGGUUGAGAGUGAUAGCCGUGUUCCUCUCAUACCAUUGACUUGGCUGACAGUCUGUCACAAUCACCAUGGCAUGUGAACAAAAAAUGUGCUCUGUCAAGAGCUGCCAGAUGUUGCCAGAUGUGGUGACAACAGAACAACAAUCUCUGGCGCUUGUGAAGAAACUUCUAGCCAUUGCUGUCUCAAGCAUCACUUACCUGAGAGGUCUUUUCCCAGAAAAAGCCUAUGGAAGUAAAUAUGUUGGAGAAUUAAAAGUCCUGAUUCUACGAGAGCAAAGUUGUCCUGGUGCUCAACAGAUUGUGCAUUGGUUGCAGGGAUGUUUUGAUGCACUUCAAAGAGGAUAUCUGCGCAUGGUUAUUCUGUCAAUUUACUGUGAUCCAGACAAUCCACAGAAAGUCACUGAAUGUUACCAGUUCAAAAUCAAGUACACAGAGAAGGGACCUCAGAUGGACUUUGAGAGCAAAAAUGGACAGAGUAUGACUAAAAUGGCCUGUGACAACACACAGAAAUCUAGCACGCUGCUUGUGCGCAAACUUUACAUGCUCAUGCAGAAUCUCGGCACGUUGCCUGACAACGUCUGCCUCAACAUGAAACUCUUUUACUAUGAUCAUGUGACCCCUCAGGAGUAUCAGCCACCUGGCUUUAAGGAAGACGACAGCGGGACAUUGGUAUUUGAGAGGGAACCAGUGAAUCUGACCAUGGGAGAGGUGGUCACACCUUUUCACAGUCUUAGAAUGAACGUCACAACUGAGCGAAAGAGACUUGAGCCGGUAGAUGCUGACGAUGAUGUGGCGGUGUGUGCAAGUACCAAAUGGUCUUUGAAGUUUGAGGAUGAAGUGAUGUCUGAAACCUCUGUUCAGCAGGAGCACAUGAUGAAAGAGAAUGUCAUCACUGAUGCUUGUGUUGAAAACUCUGAGGCUCCAGAAAGCUCACAACAGGCUCACAGAAAUAACAAAGUGGUUCUUACAACAAAUAGAAUGGAAACACCGCAUGGACAGAUGGACAAUCUGGUAAAAAAAACUGCUGAUCUUAGGAUGGACAAAAGGAAGACCCGGAGUGGAUGCAUCUUCGAGCCUCAGAUCUCAAAGUUUGAGUUCCCAUUAAGCCAAGAUCCUCAGCCAUCUGCACCGAAGAGACGCAAAUUCAGUGUACCCAAAUAAUACUAGUGACACACGUACAGUACAUACAGCAACAUACUACCGCAUGCUUGAUGGUUUGUAGUUUUAUUUUGUUUGAUCUUUUCAGUUGUCAAAAUGCAUUGCACAAGGUUCUGUAGACAAAACAAGAUUUAUAGUUAAAGUAAACGUGACGAGUGUGCAUGAUGAGUGCACAAAAUCGUAUGAUUUCACAUUUUGUUAUUAAUGGUGAUUGUCUAUCAGAUAAAUUUGAAUAAAGUCAUAAUUGAGCUUGAAGUGCCAGAAGAGUGCAUUGCUGGAUUUUAGUCACAUCAGCCAACAUGUAAAGUUUCUAUUAGCCCACUAGAUGGCAGCAAACACAUUGCGUGAUGGAAAAAAU